AAACCGAACACAAUGUUUCCACUCAUCCUCUCAUUGUUAUUCUUGCUACUCAUUGGAAUAAUAUUGUUUAGAAUACAUAAUAACAACACCCAUUUCGUGCGUCGCAAACUACCACCCGGUCCAUUCCCCUUACCAAUUAUUGGAAGUAUUCACUUACUAGGAAACCAUCCUCAUCGCGUUCUCGACAAACUGUCCAAAGUGUAUGGACCGAUUAUGUCUAUCCGCUUAGGCAACGUUGAAACUGUGGUACUCUCGUCUUCUGAGGCUACCAAGCUUUUUCUUGGAACCCAUGAUGAGGUAUUUUGUUCUCGUCCACAAAUGCAAGCAUCGAAAUUCUUGUCGUAUGGAACUAAAGGAAUUGCAUUUGCGGAAUAUGGUCCACAUUGGCGAAGUAUGAGGAAAUUGUGCACAAUGGAAUUGCUAAGUUCUGCCAAGCUUAGUGGUUACUCGAAUAUGAGAAAAGAAGAGAUUGAGUUGAGUGUAGAUGAGGUUAGAGCUAGUUCCAUGAACAAUAAGGUUGUGAAUUUGAGUGAGGUGGCUAGUAGAUUGAUAGAAAAGAUGACAUUUAGGAUGCUUUUUGGGAAAAAAAGUUAUAAGGAAAGUGGUUUUCAUAGAGUUGUUGAGGAGAGUUCACAAGUGGUUGGUGCCUUCAAUUUGGCAGAUUAUGUUCCCUUGCUAGCCCCUCUUGAUCUGCAGGGCUUGACUCGACGUAUCAAAUUGAUAAGCAAGGAGUGCGAUAACAUGUUGGAGACUAUAAUAAAGGACCAUGAAAGAGACAUCGAUACAACUUUGUUAAGAGCUAAUGAUGAUGAUGAUCACAUGUGUUUUAUUGAUGUUUUGUUAUCACUUGAAAGACAACAUUUGAAUUCUCAGGGAGACCAGUCCUAUUCAAUUGAUAAGGGAAUCUUGAAAGCAGUUUUACUGGAUUUGAUAGUGGGUGCUGGUGAUGCUUCAUCAACAUCCAUCGAAUGGGUUUUAUCCGUACUUAUCAAGUAUCCACGAGUGAUGAAGAAACUACGACAAGAGUUGAAAGAUGUUGUUGGAGAAAAGAAGAUGGUGGAUGAAAAAGAUUUGAGAAAUUUAAGUUACUUAGAGAUGAUAAUCAAGGAAACAUUUCGAUUAUACCCAACUGCACCGUUAUUAGUUCCACGAGCAUCAACGAAGGAUGUUAUAAUUAACGGAUACCACAUACCAAAGAAGACGCAUGUUCUUGUCAACUUUUGGGCAUUUGGUCGCGACUCAAAUAUUUGGUCCGAAACUUGUGAUGAUUUUAUGCCAGAAAGGUUUCUUGAUGAAGAAAUUGACCUAUAUGGUCAGGAUUUCGAGCUUAUUCCAUUUGGUGUUGGAAGAAGAGGAUGUCCGGGAUUAAAAUUGGGAUUAAUUAACACUGGGUUGGUGGUUUCGCAGUUGGUUCAUUCCUUCGAUUGGGAUCUACCAAAUGGGAUGUCACCUAGUGACUUGAAUAUGGAUGAGAGGUUUGGUUUGAGUAUGCCUAGAGCUAAGCCUUUACUUGCCGUACCAACUUAUCGCUUAUAAAUGAUGAAAGAAUGGCUGAAAGUUAUCUUGAAAGUGUAUAUAGGUUUCUAUAUUUAUUGAAUAAGUAGCCUUUUGCGAAAAGUGA